CGGCGCCGAGGGUCGCGCGAGUGCGCCGCUCUGGGGCCGCGCGAGGACGCCGCUGUGGGGUAGGCCAUUGACGAGAUCUGAAACAGCUCAGUGAACGAGGUGUAGAUCCAUCCAUCUUGUGGUCUUGGUGAUGCGCAACAACCAGUCCCUUCAGAUCAAGAAGGUUCAAGUUCGGAAACCCUUUGUCGACAGAGAAGGUAAUUUUAUUUCCCCCUUAGCCAUUCAUUUUCUGGUGGAGGAUGAUGCCUCUUUCUAGUUUAUUGCUGAUUUCACAUUUUUUUAACAUAUGUUUUAGAUGGGUCAAAGAAAAUUAUACGUGCAGUAUUACUUGGACUACUGCCAUUAUAUAUGGAGGAGAAGAUUAAUUGUUGGUAUUCUUGUGUGUCUAGCCAUGCAUCUGUAUAGGAUUAAAUCAAGAAAAAGAAGAAGGGCCAUAACUUAUGCUCCCAUGAUAGAUAGAGAUGUUGAUAGAUUGGCACGUCUAAAUCGUUUGUAUCAUGGUACAGAGGCCCAUUGCAUAAGUGAGUUGCGUAUGAGGAAAGCUGUCUUUCAUAAACUAUGUGUUGAACUUAGAUCACGUGCCUUGCUAGAGGACACUUUUCAUGUAACAAUAGAGGAACAAGUUGCCAUGUUUAUCCAUUGUGUUGGGCACCAUUGGUCAAAUAGAUCAAUUGGUUUUGAGUUCAUGAGGUCAAGUGAAACGGUUAGUAGGUACUUUCAUCAUGUUUUAGAUGCCCUUUGUACCCUUGGUCGUGACCUCAUAUGCAUGACAUCCAUUGAGACACACUCAAAGAUAACAAGUUCUCCGGGCAGAUUUCACCCUUAUUUUGAGGGAUGCAUAGGAGCCUUGGAUGGUACACAUAUACCAGCAUGUGUACCUUUCCAUAUGUAAGAUCGGUUUAGGGGUAGGAAAUCAUAUACCACCCAAAAUGUGCUAGCAGCAGUUGAUUUUGACCUAAGAUUCAUAUAUGUUCUUGCCGGAUGGGAGGGCUCAGCACAUGACUCUUAUGUGCUUCAAGAUGCUCUAUCACGUCCUAAUGGGCUUAACAUACCAGAAGGCAAAUAUUUUCUUAGCUGAUGCUGGAUACGCAGCAAGGCCUGGUGUUUUACCCCCAUACCGUGGUACCCGAUAUCACCUAAAAGAGUAUAAGGGGACUAGGCAGCCUGAGAACCCGAAGGAAUUAUUCAAUCUUCGCCAUUCCUCACUUAGAACUACAGUUGAACGAGCAUUUGGGACCCUGAAGAAUCGUUUCAAAAUCUUCGCAAGUCAGACGCCUGCAUGGUGAAACUAGAUGCAUGGUGAUUAUUUCACAUAGCGGCAAUACAUUUGAUGAAACUAGAUGCAUGGUGAUUAUUUCAGAAUCUGAAAAGGCGCGUUUAUGUGACAGAGCCAGACGUCUGCUUGCUAAGCCUAUUAAGUUCUACAAUGAAAUGAAAGAACUAUUCAUGGGAUCAAAUGCUAAUGGAUCUUUGGCUAUGGAUCAGAACACAUGCAUGGAUGUUGAUGAUGGCUCAGAUAGUGAUGACUCAAGAGAACUAAUUGACCUCAAUGCCUACACACUGCCUGAAGAAGUUGAAGGUGAGGAUUCAGAUACUUUGCCAACUCCAACUAUACAUGCACCGGUUGAUAUUCCAUCUUCCAGCACUGAUCAAGUUAGUAGGAAGCGUCCAAGAGCCAAGAACUCUCCAACUAAGAAACCAAAACGCAAGAGUCGUUUUGCAGACUCCACUGAUGAAAUAUCUGCUACAAUGAAGUCACUUCGAGAAACACUAGCUGCCACUGCCCCUCCUCCAAUGCCACAACUUAGUGAUCCUCAUGCAGCAUUAUGGGGAAGACUAGAGGCAAUUCCAAUGACAUCGGAUCAGAGGGUUCUUGUUGGUGAACAAUUAUCUUCCAAGGAGAAUAAAGGUAAGCGUGGCUGGUUGUGUAAUGCAAGUGAUGCUACUCUACAUGCUUGGGUGUUCAAGUUCUUAUGUGACAAGAAAGGCAUUAACCUUUGAAGGCUUGUGAGGUUGGCUGCUCAUAUUUUGUGCCAUGUCGAAGAACUUAGCUGGGUGCUUAUUUUGCUUGUGAUCAUGACUUAUGGUGGCUGAUCAUAUUGUGUGCCCAGAAACUUAUUUAUGUGCUUAGUUUGAUUGUCGUGAAGACUGAUGGCAUGUUGGAUGUGUGCUCACUUUGCCUGGGCUGUAAUGAGCCAUGCUUGGCUAGUUGCUGAUUUUGUAAUUAGUAUUGUAAUAUGAAUCACCUAGGCUUAAACCUUCUACAUAUAUGUAUAUAUAUGUUGUUCUCUGAAAAAUGAGUGUGAUGCUACUAUGACAA